UUUCUUUUCACUUUUAUCUUCUGUUACGGUGUUUUGGUUCUGUGGAAAAUCCGAGGCACGGUGUUUGGAGUUUUUAUCUUCAAAUGGCCAGGUUGUUGCUGGUCUUUGGGAAAACUGGGCUUUAUCUGGUAGAGAAAAUGAGAUUAGGCAGCAAAUUUAAAUAACUGGAAAUAUGAAUCACCUCCUUUCUCUCCCAAGAAAAACUCCACAUUUUACUUGGAAUUUGUUUAUAAUUUUAGUUACAAUCCUUGGGGAAGGAGGGAAAAAGAAUUUAGAGUGAUUAUCUAAGCAAACAUGCUGUGGGCUUCUGGGGCAGAGAUGUAUCUUAAAUAAAUGAAGCAUCAGGUUAGUGCUGUUGGAAGUUACUUUCAUGGCAUGUAGCACAGUAGUUGCACAGUCACAGCUGUCACAGGGCAAUUGCAGAGCCUGCAAUAAAUGCAACAUCAUAGACAGAAAUUCCUUUGCCCUUUGUAAACCAGGAUAUAAAGUACCUUUAUGUUUAUCUUGGAAUGAGUGUGAGCACACACCUUGCAGACCAGUCUAAAUUCACACCUUAGUUUAUUCUGCAGUAAUGUAUUCCAGUGAUUUCACCAGCCCCAAAGUGGGAGGGAUAUUUAAGCUUUGAAACAUCUCUGAGAUAAUGUGCAGGCACAUUUGAUAUUUGUGAACAAAUUGGGUCACAAAUGUUGUGACAUUUGGAUUUCAUGACUGCUCAGGAUGUGUUUUGCAUAAGUCAGUGCAAGUUUUGAGUAACACUUAGGUUUUGCUCACUGACAAUCCACACUGGGAAUUCUUGUAAUUCACUGUUGAAUUCUUUGCUUUGACUACAGGUUUUGUUUCAAAGCUGUGCUUUGUGGCAUGUUUUAUUUUCAUAGUAUUAUGUUUUUGCUGUCACUGAAUGUCCAUGGUUUAAGAUAAUUCACUGGUGGUUAAAAUGAGAGACAAUUUGAAUGUAAUUAUGAUGCUAUCUCAGAGCUGCUGUAUGGCGAACUGGAAGACCUUAAAGUUUUUUCCUAAUUCUUAGCAUUUCACACAGUUUCAUCUGUUACUCUAGGAAUUCCUGUGUAGACUAACAGUUUCUAGAACUAAGGAAAGACUUGACCCUUCUCACAGAUAAUUUCUCAUCCUCUUGACUGUGUGGAGUUAACACAAAGGGAGGAAUGUCAGGGCUGGGCAGGGAUUGCAAGAAAAAGAUGUGGCACAGUUGUGUGAUUUGGGUAAUAGGUGGAAAUUGGCAAUUCAUUUGCUUUUUGUCUCUUUUUGCUCUGAAAGUACAGGAUGAUUGAUAAUUUGCAGCCAGGUUGUACUGUUAAAGCUGCUUGGCACAGAUAAGAAUGAAGCCCUUUAAAGAGUGACUGGAAGAUGGCUGUGGUGUAUAAAGCCAUGCAGGGAGAGUAUUUCACCAGGAAGGAAAGAGGAUGAGUAAAUCCAGUGUGCCCAAGAGCCUGGCUCUCCUCAGAACCAGCACUCAGGGCAUGCAGCAAGGCAGGGGCUUGUUGGUUACACAUCAGAAUGUUUCCCAGUGUGCUGGGGUGAGCUCUGAAAUAGGUCACCCAGAAAGACUCUGGAAUUUCCAUGCUGGCAGACAUUGAGAUUUGGAUUGGAAAAGGCUCAGAGCACCUGGCCCUGGCUGUGCAGGGAGCCCAGCUUCAGUAGGAGAUCAGACCUGAGACCUGCAGGCACCCCUUCAUCUCAUUCUGCAUGGAAGGUGCACCCACUGUGGAGGGGUGUUUGCUCCUCUGCUCGUGCUGGGACAUUUGAAGCUUUGUUUACAGGGCAGCCUCUCUCCUGGUUGAGGAGAGAGUUUGCAACUCUAAAAUCUGCAACUCUAAAAUCCAGUUUUCACUCUGUUCCCACCAAAGCAGAGAACUUUCUGCCCCACCAAACCGGUGACCUUUAUCUCCCAAAUUUAGGCAGCAUGGUUUUCCUUAGGGCUGCUUUUGCUGCUCCAGACAGAGCCAGCCUCUCACUGGAAAUGUUGCCAAUUCCCUGAUGAUGAGGCAGUUCAGGCAGGAUUGGGUUUCAGAACUCAAAUUCCCAUGAACUUGCAAAAACAAUCUAUUUCCCUGGUGGCCUUUCCCUGUGCUGUUGCUGCUGCUCGUUCUGGAUGCUGUCCAGAGCAGUCUCUUUAAGCUGAGAGCAGGCUGGAUGUUUGCUUGGAGCCAGAUACAGCACUGCAGCAUUCAUUCCUCUCUGGUUUAAUGAAAAAAAAAACCUUCAUGGCUUUGGGAAAAAUCUUCUGCAUCUGGAAUAGCAUAGAUGGGAGCAUAAGCAUUUCACAUGCUCUCUGUUAUUUGGUGCUUUUUCUGUUUCAUAGUAACAGCUGCUUUACCCAAACUGAAUUUGCAGCAGAUUGUGCAAGGCAAAGGUGCUGAUUUCUGCACAAUUUAUGCACUGUUAUUUGUUGCUACAUAUGAAUUUAAGUACUGUUAUUAGAGUAGUAAUUUUAUAGCAUUUGAUCUGUGUGAAGUGGAUGUGGUUGAGUCAGUCUUCCCAGCAAACACAGAAACAAAUGGGUGGAUUGUGGAUUUCCAAAUGUAAUUUAUCUUUGCAUUCCAAGUCCCCUUUUCAAGUGGUGGAGGGGGGUUAAAAGUCAGAUUAGGUCAGGACAGUGAGGUGCUACCCUGUUACUCCUGCAAUUCUGACUUGAUCAGAAUUAGAAUAUAGGAUUUUUUUAAAUUGGGAAGUGUGUGUUGCCCUGCUGGUUUUGUGUAGAAGAGAUUUUUUUGUCUUGCAAAAUAAUAAAAUAAUAUAAAUGGUAAAUAAUAUAAAAGUAUUUUAAAUUUUCAAAUUAAUGUCAUUUCAUCACAUUUUUCACUGUGCCUUGGAACAGAUUUUGUUUAAAGUACCUUUCAUGAACCCGCCCUGCUACAAAUAGCAAAACAAGGAGCAGUUGUGUCAUUGCAGAGGUGACAGUGUCCCUGUGGCCCAUUGGUGGUCACAGGUUUUACAGAGUGCUUCACCCCACUGGUGUCUUGGGGCUGCAGGGCACAUGGAAACAGCUCUAAAAAGAAUGGGGGGGGGAAAGGAGACUGAUACUAUGCUUUUAAAGUUUGGUUUUAUGACAACCGUGAGAUAAUUUACUGAUGAGAGCUGGACCUGAGUCUUUUUAUCACUGCAUUUGAUGUAGAUCCUGAAAUGUUGCUUAUAAAUGAAAAUUGGUAAGGGUGAGGGCAGUUUGAGUCUUCUUUUAUGGCAUUCUAACAAAAAAAAGAUUAACACCUACCUCAAAUACAUGAUGGAGGCUGCAAAAUGCUUUGCUGUUCUUCUGUUCUUUGCUUGUGACCAUUAAUAGUCUAUAAUCCAUAUAAAAGUGCUUUCAUAUUAGAACAGUAUUGCAAGUGUGUUCCUCUGCAUCCAACUUUGUAUUUCUGGGUGGCAGAGGGAAAUAAAGAAGCUGCUUUUUGGGGGUCAGCACUUGAUGGAGGUUCCCACACCACUGUAGCAGGAGACACAGGUGCUGCUGUGCCUUUUGGAAUAUGAGGAUACAAUUUAGUAAUUUAAAUAUUCCUACACUGAAGGUCCCCAUAAAUGUUUCCUUUUUGCUGUCACAGGCCAAUUUCAGCAAGUUCUUUGUAAAUUAAGUAAGUUUGUCAAUUAUGCAGACUUUUAAUAGUUGGGGUUUUUCUUGAGCCUUCACCUCGCAGAGAAGUUAAAUUUGUCUGUGCUACCUCAAGGUUUGAUAGGGGAACCACAGGGAUAGAAUUCUCUGCUUGCUCCUCUUUGCUGCUAAAAAUAUGUGCAGUUUGGGAAAAUAUGCCUAGAUCUGACUUCUCCUGACCUUCUGCAAAUUCUAAUAAACUGUUCAGAGAACUUGAGCAGCUGCACUGAGGAAACGUCAAAAAUAUCUCUUGGCACACUCUUCCUUCAUCCACAGACCAGUCUUCCCUUUGUGAAAACAAAGACCUUUCUGUGAGUCAUUUCUAUUCCUUGUGGUUUUUUCUAGUAGUGCUUCUCUGAGGCAUUUCUAUUUUAUAUUCUUGUCAGCAGAAUCAAGGGCAUCCAAGUACAGAUGCUGCUGCAGCCCAUCAGCCUCUGGCCAGGCUGCUCUGGGCUGCUGGGAAAGAAGCUCCUGAUGGCACGAGCAGGGAGGAUGAACUGCAGUUGUAAGGCAAAAAGCUGGGCCUGUGUUAAGAAAAAGAAGCAAUUUCAAAAGAAAUUUGUCAUUUCAGGUGAUGCAAGCUGAUGGUGUUGCACAUUGGGGCACCAGAGAUAAAAUGGCUUUGAUAGCAAAGGGAGGUAUUGGGGUUUCAUUCCUUUUUAUGGAAAACCAGGACUGUGCUGUGACAAAUUCCACACAUGGCCCCAAAUUGUCAGUAAGCCAUCUCUAAAUUUAGCCAGCUACUACCAGCCAACUCCAUUCUAUUCUUUUGUUCAGAUUAGAGCAACUGCUGUACCAACAGCUUGGUUAAAAACCUGAAAACCUACAUUUUAUUCAUUUCUCUUUCAUUAAUCUGGGCAAACUUCUUUUUUCCCUUUUUUUUUUUUUGGUCUUGCUUUGUUGAGGGGUUUUUUAAUCCAUCUCUUGAAAGAUGAUAAUCAUGGUUCAUUGGCUACUUUCUCAUGCUGUAUAAAAAUACAGGGUACCUGAAUUGUGAGAUAGUUCUAAAGCAGGGGUUCUUCAUAGGUUCAAGUAGAAAAUCUUGCAUUUUCCUUAUUCUGAAGGAAAAGAGAGGUAAAAUAGAAUGAUUCUCUCUUCAUUCCCUCUGUUAGGCUGUAGCUGUGUUUCCAUGGUAGUUCUAGCAGGGUGACUUUUACAAAUAACUUGUCUGAUUUUGCUUUUGUUCCACAUUCUUGUGUUGCUUCAGCAAUGAUGGAUUGAAAUUGCAGCAAUAGUUAUAAACUUGAUUUAGCUGCAGAGAGACAAGCUUCUCUGCUUUUUAGAAGUGGCAUAGUUUGGGGUUUUUUUGGCUGAGUAAGGAAAAGCAAAGUUCUUGUCUCCAGCAGGAAUUUAUUCUUGAAAUGAGCGGUGAAGUUUCACGAUGAGAAUAGAUUGCUGGAGUUGAUCUCAUCCCCUGAAUGAGUAAUUCUGGGUGGUUGUUUAGCAGACUGAACAGGAGAUUAUAAACUCAGAACUUAGCUUUGUUUCUGGAAACUCCUGAGUGAUAAAGAAACUGGAGUAGCUCCUCCACAGGAUUGCCUUUACCCUGGGGACAGUGAUAUGGAAAUAAUCUGCCCUGCUCACAUCUCAGAGCGCCCGCGUAGCGUGCGGCUCCAAGGAAUUGGCAGCUCCCUCUUUCAAAGCUUCUCUCUGAGUCUUUUUCAAAUGGCAAAUAUCCAACAUUAAUAAGCCACAUAGCAGAGCUGGGAGGAGGCUGGCUGUGGGGGCAGCAGGAGCACGUUCAGCUUCAAACAGGCUUUCUAAUAGUCAGAACAGUGUACAAUACUGGAGGAAGAGAAGCUGCAGCAAGAAGAACGAAUGAGAAUGGAAUCCAGGCGACAAGUCACGGUGUCCUGGGACUCAGGAGGAUCAGAUGAAGCUCCUCCCAAGCCCAGUAGACCUGGUUACCCCAGCCCCAGAUCCAGUGAAGGGUUUUAUCCAAGCCCACAGCACAUGGUACAGCCAAAUCAUUACCAGGUGUCUGGCUACCCUGGUUCUCAUGGGAUACCAGCCAUGGCAGGCAGCAUUUAUCCUGGGCAGGCUUCUCUCCUGGAUCAAACAGAUUCCUGGAACCAUCGGCCUCAGGAAAUACCAGUGUGGCAGCCAAACAUGGAGGAUUCAGGCACUUUGGACAUCCGUGGGAUGAGCCAGGUUCUGCCCCCACACCUCAUGGAGGAGAGGUUGAUACGGCAGCAGCAGGAGAUGGAGGAGGAUCAGCGCUGGCUCGAAAAAGAAGAACGAUUCCUGAAACCCGACAUGAGGCACUCCAGAGGCAGCAUUGACCGCGAGGACGGAGCUCUGCAGGGCCCUGCUGGUAACCAGCACAUAUAUCAGCCUGUGGGAAAACCAGAUCACGCGGCUCCGCCAAAGAAGCCCCCACGCCCCGGAGCCCCCGGGCACCUGGGCAGCCUGGCCAGCCUCAACAGCCCCAUGGACAGCUACAACGAGGGUGUGAAGAUCCAGCCGCAGGAGAUCAGCCCUCCCCCCACGGCCAACCUGGACCGCUCCAAUGACAAAGUCUACGAGAACGUCACGGGGCUGGUGAAGGCGGUGAUAGAAAUGUCCAGUAAGAUCCAGCCGGCCCCACCCGAGGAGUAUGUGCCCAUGGUGAAGGAGGUUGGUCUGGCACUAAGAACUUUACUGGCAACAGUAGAUGAGACCCUCCCAGUGCUCCCUGCAAGCACCCACAGAGAGAUUGAGAUGGCACAGAAGCUGCUGAACUCGGACCUGGCCGAGCUCAUCAACAAGAUGAAGCUGGCCCAGCAGUACGUCAUGACCAGCCUGCAGCAGGAGUACAAGAAGCAAAUGCUGACGGCUGCUCACGCCCUGGCUGUGGAUGCCAAAAACCUGCUGGAUGUCAUUGAUCAAGCCAGACUGAAAAUCAGCCAGUCCAGACCGCACUAAGCACUGAGGGAAGAGCAUCGUCAGCCUCGGAAUUCUGCUCGCGCCAGGAUGUUCCUUCACCUUCCACCAGCAGUGAGGAUUCACCCAGCGCAGUCCUGGCCGCCCCCUGGGGGUCUCUCAUUGCAACAGUUGAACCGAGUGGCUCUGCUGGGGCCGGGCUGGCUUCGGGCCGUGGUUAUCAGCAGCUGAGUUUGUACAGGAGCCCUCGGAGCUGGGGCACGGGGCAGUCACUCCGUCAUCGCAUGGGACACGCUUCGCACCGAGCUGCCACCAUUGAGCUGCCCCCGGGCCUCGGAGCCAAAACUGUUGGAGCAGCAGAUGGGAGAAAGAUAUUGUGAAGUGAAGAAUUCGGGGAAACCUCAGGGCUGAGAAUUCUUGCCCACAGUAUAUGAACUAUCCAGACUGGAAUUUUUUUUAUUAGAACACUUAUGUCGCAAUAUGCUAAUCAUGAUUUACAGAGAAAGAAUAAAAAGCUAUAUUUUCAAGACUUCAGUCAUUUCAAGACAAACUAAAGCCCUCUUCAUCUUCCUGCCUUUUACUUUGACGUGACUGUGUGAAGCAUUUGUUUGGAACUAGCUGUAGGACACAACUGAACACUCGAGUUUUUCACCAGGAUAACGUGCCAGUUCUUUUGUAGCAAUGUUGUUUUCCUUGGAAGUGAAAAUGCUGCUUUGUACCAGAGCAAUUCAGAGCUGCAUUUAGAGGAGACCUGUAACCAUUCAUGUCCCCCAUUUUUAUAUAAUUUAUAAAGACAGAUUAAAGCCAUGAUGACUAUUUUAAACCCACUGUAGUUAACUAACCCAUCCUUUUGUCUAUCUUGCCUGGGAGGAGUUACAGUAGAGCAGUGUAAUUAGAUUUUCCUUGGUUUUCCAGUUAUGCCAUCUGUUCUGUUAAAAUAAAAACCACACUCCCUUUUUGCUGUUGAGGGAUAUAAAUUAUUCUCAGGAAGAAUAUAAUGAACUGUACAGUUACUUUGACCUAUUAAAAAGGUGUUACCAGUGAAA